UCGCUUUGCCGCUUGGAGCAGGCGCGUCCCACGACGCCGGCCACACGGAGAGGGCGAGAGAGGCCUACCUCGACACCGCUGACUGACGACCCUACUACACCGACAGACAUGUGGACUGAGUGAAUGCAGUGUUUUGUGACGUAAUAUUAGUGAACACCUAUUACAGAAUAAAACAAUAAAAACGUGGUGGAAGAAACGUAAACAAUGGAUACCAAAAGUACGAUCUCAACGAACGAGUGGCACAUACCGCGCCCAUCUUUGUCUGGCAGUAGUGCAACCGGCAGCAGUAUAAGCGACUCACGCUCCCGCGGAGGCUCUGCAUCCAGCCAAGGUUCAUCAAGCAAUCACAGUACACAUAGUGUAUCAUCUGGGUCGUUCCUACUCAAUGCCGCAUAUUUAGCGCGGAUGCAAGGAAAUUCUAUACAAGAAGAAUAUGGAUGCUACAAUUCAAAACUAAGUAACUACAUAUGUAAAACUGAUCGCUCGCCAGCCGUUGUAACAAUUCCAGAGGAGCGUGACCAGGCUGAUUCAUACUGGACAGGUGUUAAGCGCGGAUCAGGGAAUGGACAGGACGCAGCAUCAGUAGCGAGUUCUACACACUUUACAGUGGUGAAUGGGUUCACAAAGCAGCGUCCAGGCAAGGAGCCAAAGUCCUGCUGCUGCGAUCAUUCACACCAGAUAACAGUUCUCGUUAUAUCGAUGACGAUUUUAUUCUCCGCGUGCAUUCUAGCGGCCAUAUGUUUUGUUGAAAUGCGAAUGCGUAAGGAGACUGGAAUAUACAAAUAUUCUUAAUUAAAGGAAGAUACAAAGGUGACUAAAUGUAUUGUUUACGUUCAAUAUUAUGUAUAACGUGCAUUGAAAACAUAAUCUAGUAGUUGUAGUAAACUAGUAAAUGUUUUAAAAUCGUGGUUCGGUGUGUGUUAACAAACAAACUAGAUCAAUUUUUAUGUGUAAAUUAUGUAGUUAAUAAAUGUAUAUUCUGAUAAAUAAAUACCAGAAAAAUAUUUGAUCAUACAAAGUAAAGAUUAAUUUAAAUACACGAGUAUUCAAAUUUAACAUAUGUAAAUUACUACAAGGUCUAUAGCCGCCUAUAUAUUGGUAAAACAUAAUGUAAAAAGGUAUUUUUUAAAUGCAAACACUAUUGCAGUAAUUUUAUUUAAUUUCAAAUUUAUCGUAAGUCAAUUGCGUAAGAGUAAGUACGAUUAAGUUUAAGUAAUCUAAACUUUCAAAUGUAUUUGUUUUUAUUUAUUGUUAAUUUCGCAGAUUUUUUUGAUAUUAUUAAUUAUUACUGUUGUAAAAGGCGGCCUACAGAUCAGCUAGUUUACUAACUAAGGAAGCUAAUUCUGAUCCAAUGGCAUUAUAAUACAGCAUAUCCUACUUAUUUUGCUUUUUAAAAAUGGCUUGACAUAAAAUCUAUAUUUAAAUUAGACUACAGAGUAGACCUGACUGAGUCUGAUCAGUCACUCAGCCAAUUCUCUUAAUUAACUUUGCACAAUUUGUUAUACAUUUUCAGUUAAAAAAAAGUAUACUUGUAUUUGCUGUUUCACUUAGGUUAUUUAAUUUUUUUUAUUGCUUAUUGAUGGUUAAAUUUGUAUCACUACCAAAUUUCAGUAAUAAAUUAUUAUAUGUAUUUAUAUCGACGUUUAGCGGUCAAUUUUGUGGUAUUUAUUCGGCAGUUGUAUGUAUUUGUUACACAUACACGAAUCUAUAUCCUCGUAAUGUACAUAAUUAGUGCAAUAAACCCAGUUGAAUCUAUUAUUAUAGAAAACAAAUAAGUAUUUUACAAUUAAGUACAUAAAGAACAAUGGUAAAAUCUUAUUUGCGUUAAAAGAGAGCGUCUUUAAAUGAAAAAUACACGGAAAAUAAAGUAAUAACUUUUUUCGCUCCAGCAGUAUUAGUAGUACUUUUAACUAGGCUGAAAAAAUAAUAAUUUCAAAAUUUUUUAUUUUAGAAUAGCAACAACAUAGUUUCUUUUAUAUAUCGAAAUGUGAUAUUUUCGUAAUAUAAUCUGUAAUAGGCGACAAAUGUCAGAUGUCACAUCAAAUGAUAUAGUUUCUUUUUUAAAGAUAUUUUGUUCACUUUUUAUUUUAGAUAAAAAAUAACUGUUACUAAUAGAUUGAUGCUCUUUAAUAUGGAAAAAAAUCAACAAUCGACAUUUUUAAUAUUUGUUUCAGGGACCUUAAAAUAUCAUUAGACACUCACAGAUGAGGCAAAAAUUAUAUUAAUAAAAUUAUAACAAACUCUAAAAAUAUAUUUAUUUUUAUAAUAUUAUUUUGUAGGUCUGAAGUUUAUUGGUAUUUUUGGCAGAUUAAUAUAAAAAUUUGUUUUCAACUAAUUGAAUGAUAGGAAUCUACCAUUGUUCUUUGUUUAGACUAGAUAAGUAUUUAACUAUUUAUUUACUGCUUUUGUUUUAAUAUACGUAUGAAAUUAAACAGUAGUUCACAAUGACUCACUAUGCAUUAUCUAUGGUUCUGUCGUGAAGUGCAGUGUGAAAUCCAAUUCAAUUGUGAAACUCAUAUAUCUAUAUGAGUUACGUUAUCGAAAUUAUUAGAAAAAAUAUUGUAUACAAUUGAAAAUAUCAUACAAUAGCAUUUUAUAUUUUUUUAAUUCAAAAAAAUUCGUUCACGGAAGAAGAGAAAACGAAUACGCAAAUAGAAGAAAAAUUCUGUACAUCGACAAUAAUCCAAAAUAUAUUUUUACCAAUAUUUUGAUAUUUAAGUAGAAAAACUAUAAUUUAAAUAAAAUAUUUGUUAUUGUUUUUCUGAAAUAUAAAAUUGUAUAGAUAUAAUUCUAUACAAUUGUCUUCUAAAAGACAUAUCGUCGAUUAAAUAAUUUUAAUCAAAUGACCCAACAUUUAUUAGUAAUUUAAUUAAAUUGAAAUAUGUGAAAAAGUUGCACAUUUUUGUCUAUAACAUGAAAAUUUGCAAAUUUCACAAUAUGUAGUAUAGAAGCGAUCCAUUGGCGAGUAUUAAUAGUAAUGAUCAUGGAUGACGAAUAGCAUAUUAUUAGUAAUAUGCACAGUAUACUCUCUAAUGGAUCAUGGAGAUUAUUGUACUUUAUUUUAAUUGUAUUUAUAUUUUAAUUACAGUGAAUGAAUACAAUAAAGUUUAACUAAGUAUGUUUGUUAAAGAAGAACUGUGAUAAUUUAUAAAUUGAAUAAAUUACAUAUAUGCAAUAAAUAAUUUUAUUUCAAAAUGUUCCGUAAAACAAUCACAAAGUAAGGUGCUAAAACUGCAAAUCUGUAACUACUUCCACAGCGUAACUUUUCAUUCCAAGCAUGUGACAGGGAGAACAAAGUAAAAACUAUUUGUUAUCAAAAAUUCGACACCAUACAUACUUACGAGAGAACACUAAGGUCAAAUCAUUCCUUUAUGAAGCAAAUUGCCUACCCGGCAAUGAGAUGUUUACGUGUUGAUAUGAAUGAUAAUCAUGAUGAAUCAUUUAAAACUCUAUAACUGUAACUAAAAUUUGCCUAGUACUAAACUAAACUAAAGUUUGUUGCGACAUUACUUCAAAUGUAUUGGAAGUUGUCCAUAUAACCUAAUAAUUAUUAAAGAAUGCUCUACUAUAUUAAAGAAUGUUUUACAAAAAAAAUACACUUUCUGCAAAAAGGCUUUUUGAAGGCGAUUGUGUAGUAAUUUAAUCAAGAGAUGUCCAAUUAUAUUCAUACAUACUGC